AUGCCACAUUUGUCGCAUACAGCUUUGAUGAGUCCACUAGUCAAUCCAUUCGUACCCUCUAAUAUUCUCAACAUGUUCCAAGAAGAUACCAAGCAAUCUUCCGGAAAAAUAUCAUCAGGCGCUGCCUUACCUACCUUACGACCAUUUCACAUUUACGAUCCAACCGAUCCAAUUAGUGUUCUUUCAGUACCACCCACAACCGAUUUUAACCGUUUGAAAAAUGAUAAAGCCAUCAAUGAACAAUCACCCUCUACGCAGGUCACGUCAUCAACUUCUGAUAUCGAUGUGAUAUCUACACAACGCAAAGUAAUUGUUCGUAAUGAAACAGUUCGAAAGAAAAAAGAAUUGGUCAAAGAUGAAGCAUAUUGGGAACGACGUAGGAAAAAUAAUGAUGCCGCUAAAAGAAGUCGAGAUUCUAGGCGACAAAAGGAAGAUGAAAUGACACUUCGGGCAGCGAUGCUUGAGCAAGAAAAUAUCCGUUUACGGCUGGAAGUAGAACAUUUACGAGCAGAAGUAGACCGACUUCGAGUGCUAGUCCUUUCUCCUACUAUUUUAUCCACGCCACAGACGAUAAUCUCAUCUCCGGCUACUGUUUUACAUAAUUCUCAGCCGCGACAACAAUCACAACCUCUUCAACCUCUUCCACCGACACCUUCCGUAACGCCUUUACUAUCACAACAACAACCUUCCGUUACAACACCCUUAUUUACUCUGUCCUCCUCCACAUCGACAGCUAUCACUAGUCAGUAA